AUGACAUCGAUUACGCAUGCUGCUCUCUCUGCCGCUCUCCUAGUGUGCUUCGCCGCGCUUCUCGCUCCCCCUGGGGCAUCUGUCUGCGCACAAAACGCUUUCCUCGUAGCGAAAGCCAAGGCUCUUCACGCCUCGGCGAAUCAAGCUGCGGUGGACCUGAAAGCGGCGCAAGAGGACGCCGCCAAACAGGCGGCUGAGGUCGCCGCCGCCACGCAAACUCUGUCCGAUCUGCAGGGCCCGGACCUAGCUCUCAACGACCGCAUUUCAAUAAUCUCCGAUAUGAAUAACAGCGUCGCCGAUGCGCAGUACGAUCUCGACAUCGCAAACAAUAUCCUCGUUCUCCGGAUCGCGGAUCUCGCGGCGUUUCAGGCAGAUCCGUCAACGCACCCGCAAAUUCCAGAGGCAAGGAAGGCGGUCAACGACGCGACGCGAAGCGCGCGCAUGACUUCAAUGCUGCUAGAGGAAUGGGGGCUCGUCGUGCAAGAGGCCGCGGACGCGGAACGUGACGCGGAAAGGGCCGUUAGGGCCAACCCGACUUCGCUGAUGGCGCAGGCUGCGCUCGUGGAAGCGCAAUAUUACCGCCAAUCUGUGGAGGAGGUGCUCCCGGAUAUUGUGUUCUCCGCCGCCCGAGCUCACACAUCAGGCCAACUCAACGUUAGUGCAGUUGCUAAUACCGCGGAUGUUACUGUCGCGGAAGCGAGUUCCCCCAGUGCCCCGCGGGAAGGGUUUGCGCUGUCGUUCCUGGGGCAAUGGCGGAAGGAAAACGCGGCGGAGAUCGGCUACCGCGUGGCGGAGCCCGCAUCGGCGCGCUUCAGAGGGGGAGCGGCGGGGGGAGCAGCGCAGGACGGGGGGAGUGACGUCAGCGAAGCGGCGGGGGUGGAGAUCAAGGAGCUAGACGCGUUCGCAGUGGUUCAGGUGGGGUCACACCAGUUCAAGGUAACGCCAGGAGACGCCAUCUACGUGGAGAAGCUCAACUUCGCCCAUGUCAACGACGUGAUUCAUUUGGAGAAGGUGCUUCUGAUUGGCUCGCCUUCCGAAUCUCUCAUCGGUCGGCCCACUCUCCCAGGCGCCUUUGUUUCAGCCCUGGUGGAGGAGCAUGCCCUUGACGCCAAGGUGAUAGUGUUCAAGAAGAAGAGGAGAAAGAACUACCGCCGCACCAACGGUCACCGACAGGAACUGACCCGGCUUCGGAUUCUUGAGAUAGCUGGCAUGGAUGCUGCGGAAGAGAGGGCAAUUGAAGCAGUGGCAUGA